AUGGAUGAGUCGGAUGGUGUGCUGAGUGACUCUGAAGCGGACAAUGAACAAACGCAACGGGAACGUUCAGAGGGUGUAGCGCAAGAGGAUAUAUCUACUGAUGACGAUGUUAGCAACACUAAUAAUAAUAACAGUCACAACACAACAACUGAAAUGGAUGCUGAAUUAGACUACGAUGAAGAACAGAACGAAGUGAUCUCUCAACAACAACAACAACAAUUGCAAAACAGCAAUAAUAAUGAAACACAAAGAGAGACAAGAGGUGUUCGGACUGGAAACGAAGCAGGACUAUCGUCAGAGGAAGGUCGGGUGGAAUCGCGUGCUGAUUCAGGGUUGGUCGAGAAUCAGGCAGGGUUGAAUUGGGUAUCUGAUGAUGACGGUGAUCAAGACGAGGAAAUUGACAAAAGUGGAAAAGAUUCCGAGAAAAAGCCUAAGCCAUCAGAGAACGCAACGGAGGAGGGGAAUAAAGAAAGAGAUUAUCGUGAGCCGAGUGAAGAGGGAGAAAUUAUUGAUUUGGAAGAGGGUGAGUUGAAGUCGGACAGCGAUGAGGAUGAUUUGGCUUUGGCUGGUGUGAGGAGAGCUGAGAAGAGCGAUGUAAUCGCACCCAAAGAGUUAACUUGGACGAGUAGUGGUUCACCGAGAGUUGUGUCGAAUAGAGGGGGUCGUACUGAUAUAGGCAGAUCAUCGUUCCGUGAGAGUGUUCAUUCACGAGUAACAUUUACAAAUUAUGGAAAUCAAUCAGAUCAAUUUGUUGGAGGUGCUUAUUCGAAUGUGACUGGGAGUGCAGGUUUUAAUGCUAAUAUUGGGAAUAAUCCACGAGAUGCAGUGAUGACAAGUCAAGAAAGUGCUUGGGAAAGGGGUUUGAAACAGGCGAGAGAGUUGGUUAUAAAGGCAUCGAAGAAACGUGAAGAAGAGCCAGAUUUUGAGAAGAAGAGACUGGUUUUGGUGCCGAGUGAUGAGAUCGAUAGAACUCGUGUGACUGACGACGAUUCCGAUGAGGAUUCAACUUCGAGACGAUUUGCUGCACAGAAGAUACCCUCUCAGACUGCACCAUCGUACGAAAGAAAUGUGAGUGCAUCUCGGGGAGGUGGAAAUCUUAGUGUUAACAUGAGAGUGGAGACAUCAAGAAAGGUGAGGCGGUACUUUGAUGAUGCAGCGGGCACGAAUGAUAUGAGUUCUGGUUCGUUUUUUGCUUUUUUGUGCAGUUUGUUAUUGAAUGUGAUCAUUUGA